CUACGCACAAUGUACUCCGUACGCACGCCGGUCGCAUGCAAGUGCCUCCGCAGACGCAUAGAACAAUCCAUGUAUGCAUCCAACCAGAGGAGAGUUUUGGAUACACCGUCGAUCCACCGUCUCUCCACUUCUGUCUUCGACAGACCAGACUGGACGGUAUCUUUUUCGAUGGCCGCGGAUGCAGUCAAUGGCUGAUCAUCAUCGACAGUAUCCAUAACCCUAGAGACACCACAGGGCUGGAACUUGUCGCUUAGGCCCCUGCUAUGCAUGGAGACGUCUCCAGUCACUCUCCGCGAAACUUACGCACAACAGCUGUAAGAAAAGUAGAAAAAGUAAACCGCGCGAGGCACCAAAUGUACCUUUUUGUUGCCUUUACCCAUCUAUCAACCUGAGUUUGUCCCAGGACCACAUUGUGGCUGCUCUCUAUCAUUUGCUUAUUUGUCUCCUCCCUUGCUUGCUUUUCCUACCCUCCCUUUCUGCACCACACUAAUUGGACCCAGCUCCUGUCCUAGGGUCGGUCCGUGAAUCCGGAGCAGCAAUUAGACAUGACUGAGGAUCUUCACGGGCUUGGGUACCAUUGGUCUAUUCGCAUCCUUCUAGUCAGACAGAACCGUUACUGGGUCUGCUCAAGCGCAAAACGUUUAUAUCCCCAUUCUUUCCCCCUUCCCCUGCGAGUGUCCC